AUGAGUGAUGGGGGCCACCUGGGGAAGCUGAGAAACCAUUGCCAGAUUCCUAAAGAGCAUCAUCCUUCCCCCCCCCCCUUUUCCGGCUGGUCCAGCCACUGCCCGAGCUUCUGUAGUGUGGCAUUGAGGAGAACGGAGACCAAACCCACGAGAACCUGUUUCAAAGCCCUCCUCCUCAUCAACGCCUUCGUUUUCUGGAUUACCGGCGUUAUUCUUCUGGCAGUUGGAGUCUGGGGCGAGCUUACUUCGGGCACAUACAUCCUUCUUAUUGCAGAGAGCUCCACCAAUGUCCCCUGUGUACUCACUGGGACUGGCACCACCACUGGGGGCUUUGGUCUAUAUGGAUGCUUUGCCACAUGUCAUGGAAGCCUGUGGAUGUUAAAACCAAAUGCCAUGUGCUUGUCCUUGGUGGCCAGGAUCUCAGGUUUUGUGUUUCUUCAUGAGAUCAAGGACACCUUCCUCAGGGCAUACACUGAAGUCCUGCAGAAUUACAGCAGGACUGAUGAGAGACGCCGUGCAGUGGAGGAUGCUCAUGAGAGCUUGAGCUGCUGCCCUGUUCAGAAUACACUGGAGUACCAGCAUCCUGGAACUCCCAGUGGCUGCAUGAAUCCCAGUGAUUGCAACCCCCAGGAUCGACGCAGCAGGACUGUGGCUGCCACUAAAGUCAAUCAAAAGGGUUCUUAUGAUCUGGUGACCAGUUUUAUGGAGACGACUAUGAGAAUCAUAGCUGGAGUGGCUUUUGGAAUACUGCUUGGUAGGCUGUUGGCUUGCUGGCUGUCCCGGUGUAUCACUGCAGUCAAUAUGGGAUAG